AUUAGUGUUCAAUGUGUUGAUAUCUAACAUAUGUACGUAACAUUGGCGAAAAAUAUAACCAGACAAAAUAAGAAGCACAGUGUCGAGUGUAUGUUUCUAAUGAAAAAUAUCUUUAAUUCAUUGUAGUAGGUACUUGUGAUUCCGUUUUACGUUCAUUUGCGUUUUAUUUGCCGCUAAGCAAUCGCCACAAUCGCUAUCGGAUAGAAAUAUCCCAUCAUUUGGAGUGCAGUCGAUGCGUGGAGUUAUCGGUAGACAAAAUGAAAGUGUAUAAAAAUGAAGAGUUCACCUUGGUCAAUGCGAAAACUACCUACAGGAUGCAGCCGCAGAGAUCCCUCGCCUUGUUUCUGUGCGUCAGCGUGACGUGCUUCCUGCUCAUCCUCGCCGGCAUACUGACCAUAUGCUUCUCGAAGGACAUCUACGAGUCGAUCAUGAGCACCCAAAUGGUGCUCAAGCCCGACAACAGCGCCUACAACAUGUGGGUGAAGAACCCCGUGCCCGUCAGCCUCACCUUGUACAUGUUCAACUGGACCAAUCCCGAGGAGGUGUACAACAAGAGCUCGAAGCCGCGCUUCGAGCAGCUCGGCCCCUACGUGUACCGAGAAACCAAAGAGAAAACCGAUAUAGUUUGGAACGAUAACAACACCGUUACGUUCAAGAACGUCAAAAAAUGGUGGUUCGAUCAGGAGAAGAGCAAAGGCAGCUUGUACGAUCCCAUCACCAGCGUCAAUCCUGUUACGCUGUCAGCGGCUCACGCUCUUCGUAAUUGGCACGUGGGAUUCAAGAUGCUGUUUUCCGGUUCGAUAAGGGCGAUAUUCAAUAACAUUUACUCGACGCAUUCGGUUGGCGAGGUGCUAUUCGACGGCUACAGCGACACCCUUUUGACCAGCGCCGCUAAAAUGUCCCUGCUACCCAAAGGAAUGGAUAAAUUCGGAUGGUUCUAUGGCAGAAACGGCUCGAGCGACUUCGACGGCAUCUUCAACAUGAAAACGGGCGUCGACGGGGACCUCGGCGUGUUGGAAAAAUGGAAGUUCGCCGACCACACGGGCUUCUACCCGGACCAGUGCGGCGAAUUCAAAGGCGCCUCGGCGGGCGAUUUCUUCCCGCGCAAGCUCACCAAGAACUCCGUCAUCAAGAUGUUCACGUCCGAUUUGUGCCGCUACAUGGAGCUGGAGUUCUACGAGGAGGUGGUGAUCAACAACAUCGUCGGCUACAAGUUCAUCGCGGGCGAGAAGUUCCUGGAUAACGGUACUAAAAUUCCGGAGAAUAAGUGCUUCUGCGACGGCGAUUGCAUGCCCUCCGGCGCUCUGAACGUGUCGAAUUGCCGACACGGGUCGCCUGCGUUCGUGUCUUUGCCGCAUUUCUACAAAGCUGACCCGUACUAUCUCGACCUGGUCGACGGUUUGAAUCCACAGGAGGACCUCCAUCAAUUCUACAUGGUGUUCGAACCGACCACGGGAAUUCCAUUGAGCGUAGCAGCCAGGCUACAACUCAACCUUCGCAUGGCUCCUGUUCCUGGUAUCAGUAUCUUCGAAAACGUUCCAACGGCCUUCAUACCGGUUCUGUACUUCGAGCAAAAGGUGGACAUACCCGAUCAGAUGACGUUCAUGAUCAAGGUCCUGAUCAACUUCGACUUGAUCUGCCUGCUGGUGGGCAUCGGGCUGAUGGUGGUGGCGUCGAUAUCCUUCUUGGUGGUGUUCUAUACCAUGUGGUCGAAGAAGGUAUUCCGUAAGAAGCGACAGAAUGUACAUAUCGUCAGGGCGCCGGCGCAGGAAGAGGUUCCGCUGAAUCACUGAUGCGUUGGAUCGUUGUUUCUUUUUCAGGUGUGAGAGCCGAUCCCGUGUAUGAAUUUGCGAAUUUGCGAAUGGUGUCUCCGAGUGACUGAGUAGCUGCAUCUAGCGGUGCGCGCGCGCGGAAGUUCAAAAACGGAAAUUAUUGUGAUAUAUAAAUGAUGUAGGAAAUUCGAUGUUAGCCUCGCCCGGUUCCAAAGGGGCGGCAUUUGGAAGAGUUUUUUCGAAGCGAAAAAUAUAUUAUUUUUUGGAAAAGCUCUUUUCAUUGUGUAUAUUGACGAUAUUAUUGGCCAAUAUUUGGUUUGUACAAAUUCGCUCGGCUGUCGAGCGGAGAUCUAACGUAUUUAUGUGAAAAAUAUAGCUAAGACUCUUUUUAUUGUUAUUUUUCUAUUAGAAAUAAAAGUCGUAUUUAAAUUGUUUUAUGUUAUUGCGGAAUAUUACAAAGCGCAAUUUAAAAAUGUAACAAAAUUAUGAACCAUCCUGUAUAUGCAUAUAUACAAAUAUAUUUUUUAAGUUAUUUAAAAAAUUGUUAUGUUUAUAAAAUUUGAUGGAAAAUUUCCGAAAAAACAAUAUACAGGGUUAUUCAUUUACUUUGUAUGUACCAAUAAGAUUUUACAUUCGUCAUAAAUUUUAAAACAAAGUAUACAAGGGAUAUUCAAUUUGCCUUACCAAUCAUGUGAUAGUUAUUUAACGAAUUUUUAAUAAUAGUUUUUGUAAUAUAUUU